CAGCACCUCAACCACCCUCCGAUGUCGUUUUCACCAUUCGCCCUGGCUGGCGAGAAGAAAUUUUCACGGCUGAAAAAACCUGCCCCUAGUCACGUCCGCGAGGGCGCAAAGGAACACGCGCUCUUUGACCGCUCAGCACAAUGGGACAUCCGUGCAGGGCUCCAUGAUCGACUCGUUACUUUCCACCUUUUGGCUUGUUCAGCAUACCCCGAACGUCCAACUAUUUCUCUUGUCUUGAUCCAAACACCGAAAGAAGUGGACUCUUUCUAUUUCCAUUUCUCCCGAGAACAAAAGCAACAGCAACUCUGCCUAUCCGUGGAGUCAGGACAAAGGACCAUCGCUCCUGCAAGUACCUGUAGCUGGGUUUUCAUGACCCUGCCUGCUUCUACCUCCGCACGAGCCGGUGGUUUUCCCCUCCACUGGAAAUUUCGUUAGCUCAUUUGAUUACCUCACGACAUCCUGUUUGUGGACUUGCUCAUUGCUCUCCCUUCUCUUAUCUCAGUUUUCAAUUGUCAACCCUAUCCAUCUGGUUACGUUUCUCUUAUCAGAUCUUUGAGGCGCGCGUCUAUUCUUACUAUCCUGGUCGUCGAUUCUGAGCUGUUAUUGGCGCUUAUGCCAGGCACAUCGCAUUAGGCUCGCGUGGAGACAGGCAUGGGCUCAGUCGCGAAUCCCGACGCAACACUACCCGAGACCGUGGUCCCAAAGCGUGAGCCUAGCGUCGAGAGGUAUACUUCCUCUGCAGCCUCGUCACCUGAGUGUGAUGACAGUGUAGAGGCGAACUCGGAGAAGCCAAGUCAAGAUCCGGCCCCAGCACCAAAACGCAAAGGAGGACGGAAGCCGAUAUAUGCCACUUCGGAGGAGCGCAAGCAGAGAAAUCGCCAAGCGCAAGCAGCAUUCCGUGAGCGACGAACAGAAUACAUCAAGCAACUCGAAACGACCAUUCAACGUCAUGAGGAAACGCUCCAGACUCUCCAGCAGAGCCACCGUGCUGCUGCUGAUGAGUGUCUGAUGCUUCGGUACAAGAAUUCUCUGCUGGAGCGGAUUCUCCUGGAAAAGGGCAUCGAUGUCCAGGCCGAGCUUGCUCUCAAAGGCAGCCCAAACCUUCGACCUCUUCGUGCGCCUCCCGUCACGGGUCAGGCCUCGCCGAUGCAGAAAGCGAUGUUGAAUCGUCAGCAACAAGCUAGACAUCGACCCGCAAUGGCGCCGCCUAUUCAGACUGUAAAUUCAUCCUCCCACAUUGCUGGACAACGAAAUUUCGCAGACUCACCCACCGUACAGCCCACUCCACCGUCGCAGCACUCGUCCCCUUCGACAACAAGAUCACCUGGGUUCGGCUUGCAAGGUGGGAUGACCUCACCUGCAACGGAGAUGACAGCUCAGCCACCUCAACAGCAGCAGCAGGGACGUCCGCUGUCUCACUCGCAGCAGCAGCAGCAGCAGCAGUCCUUUGCGCCGCAGCGUAGAGGACCGACGCGAACAGUGUCCAAUGCAGGCACAUCGCAGGGGUUCCUGCCGCGUCCCCAACCAAACCCUACUUUGCAGGAUAACUACUAUCCGUCUUCCUUCCAGAAGCAUUACUCUCAACUGGGCAAGCUGACCCCUUCCUUUUUUCUUCCCCUGCUUGUGGAGCUUUGUUCGUCCUAGACUGAUUCCGUGAGUACAGAGCAAGAGUACGAUGCGCAGGCUGAUCUCAUGGACGACAUGGACGGCGACGACGUCGAUACCGACAGCUUCAUACCGAAUUUCCGACUCCCCCCGACCACCGCGACAAGCAUGCAGAUGAGCAUGCAAGCGUCACCACCAAUGACCACCAGCGCUGCAAGUGAUGGUGGAAGUGGAAACAUGUUGAUUGAUCCUUAUGACCCAAUGUUGGAUGCAGAUCCAUUUGGUCUUACAGCAAGCAUGCACUUUCCCAACCCCUACACAUAUCCUCCAACACAACCCAGGAGGUGAGCCUCUACAGGGCACACACCGAGAACAUUUCCAUAUAUCCUUUGUCAUCAUGUUACAUACCAAAAAAGCAUGUUAGCGACGGCGCUCUGUGAUGUCUUUCAAGGGGAUUAUGCCACCUUCCAACCCAAGGAGUUGUUCCUCAUUGGGCAGUAGCCAUACUAUGAGUGGUUCGAUGCGCUGCAAUUGCACUUACCACCUAAUGAAUGAAUAUAUGUGUUUAUAUG